CGGGACGACUGCGGUGUUUUGGACUGCGGGCGGAGCCGUAGCUAGAGUCUCCCCCGGCGUUAGUACCCGGGGAACUGAGAGUCCAGGAUUCCAGGUGGUGGUCCACGAUGUCGGACAGGGAAGCCCGGCAGGGCGGAAGCUUCUCGGAGUCCCGCGCGGCAACGGUCAGCGACAUCCAGGAGCUGAUGCGACGCAAGGAGGAGAUCGAGGCGCAAAUCAAGGCCAACUUCGACGUGCUGGAGGGCCAAAAAGGAGUCGGAAUGAAUGAGCCGCUGGUGGACUGCGAGGGCUACCCCCGGGCAGACGUGGACCUGUACCAGGUUCGCACGGCAAGGCACAAUAUUAUCUGCCUGCAGAACGAUCACAAGGCGGUGAUGAAGCAAGUGGAGGAGGCCCUGCACCAGCUACAUGCUCGAGACAAGGAGAAGCAGGCCCGGGACAUGGCCGAGGCCCACAAAGAGGCCAUGAGUCACAGGCUGGGCCAGAGCGAGAACCACAGGCCUCCUCAGGCCUUUGCCAAAGUGAACAGUAUCAGCCCUGGCUCCCCAGCCAGCAUUGCGGGUCUGCAAGUGGAUGAUGAGAUUGUGGAGUUUGGCUCUGUAAACACGCAGAACUUUCAGUCACUGAAUAACAUCAGCAGUGUAGUACAGCAUAGUGACGGGAAGCCCCUGAACGUGACUGUGCUCCGGCGAGGGGAGAAACACCAGCUUAGACUUGUCCCAACACGCUGGGCAGGAAAAGGACUGCUGGGCUGCAACAUUAUUCCUUUGCAAAGAUGACUGUCCCUGGGGAAUAGCAACAGCAGAGCUUCUUCAGCCUUGCCCAGGACUUGGGCCUGGUGGGGAUUUCCUCGUUCUCUUCGCUCCCUGAAGUUUAAGGAUCUGAAAGCAGAUGGAAGUCUGAACAUCAAGGUGGUGGAAAUGCUGUGGCCUUCCAGUGUAAUCUUUCUGGAUGAAGGCAUUGUUAAAAACAUGAUCUGUGUUUACUGUCUUUUGCAAACUAGGCCAUGGCCCUAUAUAAGAAUUUUCUAGAUUUUGGGCAGAUGGGUGUGAAUUAUUGUGGCAGGUGCUGAUAUGACUCUAUUCUUUGAGGAGUUUUCUUUUUUCAAAUAAACACAGUUUUGCAGUGCUGAUAUGAUCAUGUUAUCACCCCAGUUGAAUUUCUUACGAGCCUCUGAAACCGAAACUCAGGGGUGGAACACCCUUAAAUAUGGGCAGAAGAAACUGCCCAAACUGCUAAAAUCAAGACUUGUCUGUGAGCUGAGUGCUGGUGGCUCACACCUGUAAACCUAGCUACUUGGAAGGCUGAGAUCAGGGCCAAUUCCAGGCAAAUAGUUUCUGAGACCCCAUCUCCAA